CCCGGGCGGGCAGAAAUGACGUAGCCGGAAAUCAUUUGACUGGCGCACAGUUUUGUCGAGCUGGAAUUCUACUACAUGGCCUUUAGGACAUACCAUUUAUGAGACGAAUCGAAAGGAUACCUAGGAUUUGGGAAACAGAAUAAGGUUAUUCCACCGCUCCACAACCGCCGCUGUCGCACUGGGGCCAGGCAGUGGUGCGCAGACCCACACCAGCUCCAGCUGCCCUCCCCCCUCGACGUCAUCCUUCCUCGAAGCGGAAGUGCUAGAUCUAGGAUCUUACAGCAGAGCCUCAUUCAAACAACGACCACCCACCCGUCCCGAGCCGGACUUCCGAACCGACAUCCCGGACUGUCGAGUCAGGUCCCCAUCCAUCUCGCAAACCAAUGGCGACGGUAGCUCUGUGCCGGCGGGCCCUGGUCUCACGGGGGUUGCCCCUGGCGGUCGGCGUGUCUCUCGGCAUCGGGCAUCACACCUUCACCAGCCACCGUCGCCCAUUGAGAUUUGACGCUCACCACCCCCCUUCCAACAUCGUGUCCUCGGUACCUAGGAAAGAGGUUGACAGCGACGAUGGCUUCAUCAACCCCGAGAUUCUCAGCCAGAUAUCAGGGGGAAGCUUCUCUGGAUUCUUGACUGGUCUGCUUGUCAGCGUUUUUUCUCGGACUCUUGUCCUCCUCCUCGGCAUAUCGAUUGUGACCUUCCAAGUCGCUGCAAGAUACGGCAUAGACCUGGUUCAACAAUUUCACCUCAAGGAACGCGCACGGUCAUCACGCAUUCUGUCCGCCCUCCGCCACAAAACGCCUUUCAAGCUUUCGUUCGGAGUCACAUUUGCGCUGUCUGCAUUUGCGCAUUUUUGAGUUGGUAUAUUUGGAGGAUACGAGGCUAGACAAUCAGAAUGAGACGUAGUAUCUUCUUGAAGCCACCAAAUCAUGCCUACAAAAUGAAGCUCUCGAGUGACUUCGUGAUAAAGACGUCCAUCACUCAAACCUCUGGGUCUCCCUCUUGAGCCAG